AUGAAUACAUUUUUAAAAUUACAGUCGAUGGACCUUCAUAAACGAAGAAAGUUUUUAACUGAACCAGAGACGAGAUUUUAUAUGAAACAGAUUAUAUCCGGUGUACACUACCUUCACCAUAAUAGAAUAAUACAUCGAGAUCUAAAGCUAGGAAAUUUGUUUUUAAAUGAUGAUCUGAUAGUUAAAAUAGGAGAUUUUGGUUUGUCAGCCAAAAUUGAAUAUGAAGGGGAGAGAAGAAAGACUCUUUGUGGAACGCCCAAUUAUGUAGCUCCCGAAAUAUUAACCAAUAAAGGUCAUUCUUUCGAAGUCGAUAUUUGGUCAUUAGGAUGUAUAAUGUAUGCUCUUCUUAUUGGAAAAUCUCCGUUUGAAGCUAGCAGUUUGGAGGAGACUUAUAAUAGAAUAACAAAAUGUGAAUAUAGGUAA